UGAAGAAUUGGGGAAAGGAUGCUCAGAAAAGACGGAAAGGAGAGAAGCGCUGUCUGCAGGAAGCCCGGCGUUUGUGGUUAUCAAAGAAAGGAAGCAGAAGUGCUGUUUAUUACUACGGUUAUAUUUAUGCACAAAGUGAAGUCAUCGGAGGGAAUAAAUUAAUACAACUCACUGGUCUGAAACCCUUUGCCGAAUCAACUGAGUGUCUAGUCUCUAGGACGUUGUGGAUAGAGCGUGAUAAAUUCAUAUUGGAAUUGUGCUGGAGGACGACUUUCAACUUAUUUGGCUGGAUUUACACGUGUGUAUUUAUAUUUUGUUCAGAAUUGACACGGAUCGGGUGCGCCAGGAUGGGUGUUUGAGCGCGAUGUGCACCGAAACAUGUGGGAGCGGUGUGUAAAGUGGCUCGCUGCUGCUCUCUCUCUCUCUCUCUCUCACACGGCCGUGGUUCAGCAGAAAUUGGGCAGAAGGAAGAAAGAGAGGAACGCGUCGCUGUAAGCUCUGCUUUUUGAGACCAAAUUUACGGCCGGAGAGAACGAUGAGGAGCGUCACUGCUGAACCGCAACGUUAACGGAGCUCAGCGGUCGGAACCAGACCCGAAGCGAAGGCGGGUCCGAUUGGCCCGUGACUGGGCUCGAGUCGUGGGUGUCGCGUCUGCGAAACACUCCUUUUCUCCUCGCUUGGUUGCUCCUUUCCGGACCAUUGUAUUACUGUUUUUUUUUAUUUUAAUAUUGCUAUAGAUCUCAGAUUUUAGUUUUCUUCAGUGUCGGUUCGGGGAGAUCCACUCAGACUCGAGACAAAAAAGCCGGCCAGCCGGACAGGGCUCGCAAAAGAAAAUCCAUGUUUUACAACCAAAAUGUUAGUGUCUGUGACAGAAGAGCGAGUUCCCCUCGACCUUUUCCUCCUCUUUUCCCUGUGAGGAGGCUCCCCGGCGUCUCACACGGACCGCGUUUCCCGGCGAUGCCCUGACGCCCCCUCUGCGCUGCGACAGCCGAGCAAAUGGGACUCCCACUGGGUCGGACCGGGGCUCCCGCCGCCGCGUCCCUUGCGGCCGCGCGCGCGCUCCCGCUCCUCCUCGUCGCCCUCGUGUACGCGGCGGCGGCGCGCGCACCUGUGGCAGGUGAAUCUUCAUCAGUUUCUACUAUCCCAGGGGGGUUUCAAGUUCCACCGGUAAUGAUGGAAUUACAUAAGCCCUUUUCGUCGUCGUCUUCAUCCAUUCAAGCUUCAGGACACUCGAGUCUUCCUUCAGAAACUGCAGUUUCACUUUUGGACAGUCUGCAAACUCAAGAUGGAAGACCUGUGGAAUCUGGUGUCCCCCCCUUCCUUCCAAACCAUGGCAACACUGCUGUGAACAUUGCUUCUUCUUAUCAGGGUCUACUGUUGACUCAGAGCUCAGGAUCACAAGCUUUGCAAGUCAUGUAUCCUUCUGUUUUGGAUCAUCCCUCUACUUCCCCGCCUUUGUUUUCAGACAGUGUGCCCAUACUGGGUCCAGCAAUAGCUCAUGGAGACCAGCUGAAACCUACUGCAGAAAACAGUAUCUCCAUAAUGGAAGAUUCUUCCUCUACGCCUGCAAGUCAUCUUUCACCACCCAGCGGUACUGGAAUCCUGGAUUUGCAUGGCAUGAAUGGCACCGCCCAUAGCAGUGUUGCUCAAGGUAUUCACCUUCUCCUGAAUCCUCCAGAGAUGGUUGCUCCAAGCCAGGUCCCUCUCAGCAGACCUCACACUGAUACAGCCCCAGAUAAGAAAAACCUAGUCCCACCAGAGGAGUUUUACCCAACCAAUACCAUGGAAGCCAACUGGGGAUCUGGAGACUACCUGGAAAGCUUGUCCUUCAUGGGGUCUGAGGAUGAGUUGUCGCUGGUUACCAGUGUGGUGUUCAACACAUACGACUUUGACGCCUCCACUACCGAGGCAUAUGACACCUCCUUCCCAUCCCGGGUGGUGCUGCCUCUUUCUUCUCGACACAUCUCCAACUCUCCCACUCCUGCGGUGGCCUUUGGUGCCAAUCUGCGCACUGAUGAGCUCUCAUUGGGCCACUCAUCUUAUGCUCACCCCACAAGUAAACCACCGGUCACAUCCCCAAAUGGUGUAAUGAAACCACCCCCAGAUUUUGACUGGACAGACCCCUUUUCUAUUGAGCCAACAGAAAUUCUGCUGCCUGACAUGAACAGUCUUGAGUAUUACACCACUCUGUUAGCCAAGGAGAACAUAAGUGUGGCUGAACAGAGAAACAAGCAGACAUCCUCCAAGAAUGUUCCUCACGUGUCCAUCAGAAGCUCUCAAGUGAUGCCCAACAGCCCGUUCACGGUGGACCUUGGUCACGUGUCAUCCUCCCACAACAACAGCUUUUUCGCUGAACAGUCCUCCACAGAUAUAUCUGGGUCAGAACCAGACAGCUCCUCAGAUGACCUUACAAAUGACCCCGUGAAUGGUCCAGAGCAUUUGCUGGAACCCUCAGUAGUGCCCACCUCCUACUCCGUUGUUUGGGGAAGUCUGGCAUCCACGACCAUUCAGGUGGAUGUGGUUCUGCCCUCAAUGGUGAGGACUACUAGCAGCUCUCCUGCAGUCUCAGUCCAGCAACCAAGUGAUACCCUCUCCCUACCUGUCUGGUUGUCCAUCUCUCCCACCUCGACAGGGACCCCCACUCUUCACCCAACCACCUUCAUCCCAACCUCCAUGUUGGCUGUUUCAUCAGAGGACAUGUCACCCCCUGCUGGUCCCCUUAGCACCAAAUCUGUCCCCAGCCUAACAGCCAUGAGUGAUCAGAGCUUCAUCCCAGAGGCCACUAGAACAGAGACCCCUGUGAUGGUGGCAGAUGAACAUCUGACCACAGUUAGUAGCAGAGGCACCACUGCCACUGCAUCUAAUAAAACUGUUACAACCAGGAUGUACAACCUCAGCACCCUGUCAACAACUUCCAUUGCGCCAUUGACGACAACCGCUAGGACAGCCCUGUCCACGCCAGCCCGGCAGUACCUGUGCAACAUCACCAGGGUGGACUCCUACCUGGUCAGAGUUGGUUUUCCUGUGGAUUCCACCGUUGGAUACGCCAAGUCCCACCUCCGGGAGAUCCUGAGGAGUGAAUUCAACCGAUCGGUGGAGCUGCAGGUGCUGAAAGCUCCGCCCAACUUCAUCUUCCGCGUUGUGUCAGGCCCAGUGCUGUACACGGCUGCAGCGGUCAUCAAUGUCUUGCGCCAGUCAGCGCGCAGUUCUCCAGUUGCCCAGACAGCCUCCCCUGUCUAUGCCCCGCCGGACCUCCAGUACCAGGUCCACUCGGUGCUGCAGUUUGUGCCCAGUCAUUUGGACAUACGUAUGUGCAGCUUCAGCGAGCGCGUCGAGAAAGGGCUCACCAUGGCCUACGCUGAAGUGCGCCGGCGGUCUCACGAGCCCGGCGACUUCAUGAUUCAGAUCAUGAAUAUCACCAUGAACACACCCAAGGCCCAACGGCAGCAAAGGGCACCUGUGGACAUCACAUUUGCCGUGCGUGACGCCAGCGGCUACCUGAAGGGCUCGGAAGUCAGCGGCCACCUGCGGCUGCUCAGCAUGGUGGAGUUUAGCUUCUAUCUUGGCUUCCCCGUGCUGCAGAUUGCUGAGCCGUUCCACUACCCGGAGCUGAACGUGAGUCACGUUCUGCGAUCGUCCUGGGUGAAAACAGUUUUGUUGGGUGUGCUGGACCAGCGAGUGAAUGAACGCACCUUCCAAGCCAGGAUGGAGCGCCGGCUGGCCCUGCUUCUGGGUGAAGUGCUGGGGACCCCACGGCGCUGGAGGAGGGCCACCAGCGUGGGCAAUAACAGCGUGCAGAUUGUGAGGACCUCAAGACUGGAGGGCUCAGACCACCCACUGGAGAUGGUGUACUUUGUGGAGGGUCCCACUGGGGAGAGGCUGCCGGCCAUUGCCGCCUCCGGUCUGCUGAACCGGCUGGACGUGCAGAGAGCUGCCAUCGUGCUCGGAUACCGGGUGCAGGGGACCCUGGCCCAGCCGGUGGAGAGGGUGGCUGCCCCGCCCUCCGAGACCCAGAACAACAACCUGUGGAUCAUUGUGGGCGUGGUGGUGCCCGUGGUGGUGGUGGUGAUCAUCAUUGUCAUCCUCUACUGGAAGCUGUGUCGCUCGGAUAAACUGGAGUUCCAGCCGGAUGCCGUGAGCAUCCAGCAGAGGCAGAAGCUGCAGACCCCCAGUGUUAAAGGUUUUGACUUUGCCAAGCUGCACCUGGGGCAACACAGCAAGGAUGACAUCAUGGUGAUCCAGGAACCUGCCCCUUUGCCCGUGCCCGUCAAGGAGAUGACGCCCUCGGAGAACGGGGACGUCCCCACGCCCAAGUCAAAGGCCUCUUCCACCAAGGCGCCAGCAGCUGCCGCUCGCUGCAGAGGCAGGAUCUCCCCUUCUGACGGGGACUCUGUGGGGAGCGACGCGUCGAGCGGGAGGGGGUCUGCCGAUGAGAGUGCCAGACCGUCUGCCACACCCAUCGAAGGAAAGCACCCCCGCAAGUGCGGCAAAAACGCCAAUGGAGCUGAAGACCAGCAGUCCUCGGCCUCCAUCUUCGAGCACGUGGACCGCAUGCCGCGACCGUCGGACGCCACCCGACGAUCAGGCAACAAGAUCCAGCUGAUCGCAAUGCAGCCCAUGCCCGCACCCUCCCAGGAGAGCUCCUCCAUCACGGAAAGGGUCGUGGAGACUACCAGCAUCAACAAAGAGAUCCAGGUUGCCCUGAGACACAAGUCUGAGAUUGAGCACCACCGCAAUAAAAUACGCCUGCGAGCUAAGAGGAAAGGCCACUAUGACUUUCCGGUCAUGGAUGACAUCGUGGAUGGGUUUGAAUCUAAGGACGUCUACCAGAAGGCCCAGUUGCAGAUCGACAGGAUCCUGGACCCGGACGCCCAGAUGCCAUCUGUUUUCAUGGAGCCUAGGAAGAGUGGCCGGGGGAGGCGGUCCCCCAAACAGAGGAAGAAACCCCCACAGAGCAGCGACCUGGUGGAUGCCGACAGUGACAGACUGAUCCCCGAGAACGACGCCAACUACAGAAAGUUCCCCGGAGUCAACAAUGUCGCCUACGUGUCGGACCCGGAUCAGCCCCCCGAGCUUCAAACCCCGUCCCCCACCGAUGAUGUCUUUGCCCCAGGCUCACCCCCUCCCGGCCACGCACCUCCCCCGCCGCCGUACGUGCCCCCGCAGCCCUCUAUUGAGGAGGCGAGGCAGCAGAUGCACUCGCUGCUGGACGACGCCUUCGCCCUCGUGUCUCCCACCUCGCAGGGAAGCGCUCCAGGCGUCGCGCUCCCCGGGGUGACCCCCGGCGCCAGCCCUCCAUGCAGGACCCCCCGUGGGCCGACUGCUGGCCAGUGGAGUUGUCCCUACCCCUCAGUUCUGCCCCUCACCCCCUAUUCUACAAGGUACACAGAGCCUGGAGUGUCUCCUUCAGCUGGCCAGGGACCUCUGCACCGACAGGGCUUGGCCCCCAGUUACCCGCCCCAGGGAGAGCAGGUACGAGGGGAGCAGAUACAGUCAGAUGCCCUUUUCUCCAGCAGGGCACUAUACCCUGAGGAGCUGCCCUCCUCGGCCAGACCUCGACCAGUAGGGGGCACUGCAGGUGCCCAGCUCCAUCACCUGACCCAGGUAGGCCUGUCGAGCCAGAUGGGCGCGUACCCCGCUGCCGGCCGAGCCUCCUCCAGCCAGGCGGGAGCAUCCGGCUGGGGGCGCUACUGUGCUGAAGAGGACUACGGCAGACCAGGCCCGACCCGUGACCAGGGCUUGAGUUUCCCCGAAUACUCCUCCUCGUGGGCCUUGCAGAUGCCCAGAAACUCGCAGAGAGAGCCGUCUGCACCCCCAGCCCACCUGGAUCCCAGCGGAACGGGGUACCCGUCUGCUCCUCCGGAGGAGACCUCGCCUCCCAACCACACCUCCGCCUCCCUCAUCAAGGCCAUCAGGGAGGAGCUGAUGCGUCUCUCGCAGAAACAGUCCGCUACAGCGAGCUACCACAGCUGAGACGUUCUCGCCGCAAUCACGGUCGCUCUCUCUCGGUAACGGUGCUUAAAAGCUGAAACGGCCACAGAUCUCACAGAAACGUCAUCAGGCUGUUCCCGGUCGCCAUUGGGAAAACACUACGGAAAAACUGCUCUUUGGAGAUUGCACCGUUGAAAGGACCCAAAGAGCACUGCUCCCGGUUCCUGCACCAGACACCUGUCCAAGUUCUAAUCCAACCACUGGUCACGUUGUGCAAUCUAGCACUUCCCAUGGAAGUCUCCCCAGUGCUGCAAAGGGACACACCUGGUGUCAGUGCUGCUCAGUAACAGACCCACACUCAACUGAACCAAACUAACGUGCUAUAAGAACGCCGUCGGUCCGGAAAGAGCGGCAUCCGGGUGGGAGGCGCGUUUCCUCGGACUCCGUUGCCUCGGUUACCUGACGCGGCGCGGCUUUCGGGUCCUCUUCGGGCACGGGGUCCGUCAGGUUCCGAAAGUCCCCUUUGCAGGUGGGAGAGCGCGCUAUGGGUGGAAAGGUUGGUGAGCUUUCGGUUUUCAUGAGACUAACGCCAGGAGCUGGUUGCCAUGGAAACUUGCGGUCCCCGUUACCCUGGAUCUGGUGUCACAAAUAAGGCGUCUCAUAAAAGCAGUUAAUUUUCAGCCUACGUUCUCUUCACCGAGUGUCUUUUUCUAGGAGGACACCGUGUUCCUGUAGGCUACAGUGAUGCUAAAUGACUAAAAAUGAACAGUAUUGCAAUAUAGUUUCACAAAUAGUCGCCGUUUUAUAUAUUAUAGUUCUUCCGAGAGCAGCAGCCGCGUUUCGUUUUGGUGCUAAAUUCCAGCUUGGUGUUUCUGCCGUUAGUCACUCAUUCAUUGCCUCCUCUCGUUCGGAUCGGUUUAUUUUUUCCGGAGCUCCGGCUGUAGACCAAACGGGACGGUUGCAGGACAGCGACGAUGUUGGACCGUGGAGCUGACUGACAGCCGAGGAAAGGAAAACAAAACUCCCAGCGGCGAUGUCGAUGAAUGAAUGGGAGGAAAAUAAACUUCGAGGAGCCCAAGCGCCAGCGGAUGCAUCGAGUUCCAACGUAAUGAGCCGCGAGGGCCAGUAAAGGUCCCGGAUCUGGCUGCUCUGAACUGGUUGCGGUAUAAACCCACCGCUGUGAGCACAUCACCUUUGCGGUCGAUAUUCGCAGUUCCCUGUGGCACAAGCUUCGCAGUCUCGCGGUCACGUCGGUGCUUUUGGAGCGCGUUUGUGACGGACGCCAUCGAGCCGCGGCUCUUCUCGCCAGCGAAUGCAGAGCGCUGCCCCUGUCGGCUGGAAGACGACCCAGCUUCGGUCAAAGGUUCACUUCGUUUCCGCCGGCGUGUGUUUCCGGUCCCCGUCCGACCGCUUUUCCCGCCUUUCCGGGUGCUGCCGAUGGCCGCUCUUGUGAGGAAAGUUUGGUUCUCUUCGGUCCUGUUAUUUCUCUUCACCCACAGGAGAUUGUUUCACGCAAAUCGAAGGCGUGCUGUGACACUGGCUGCUGUCAAGCGCGUAUUUCCUAACGUUUGUUCGUUUUUUGUGAUUUUGAGGCUUCUUCUUGGACUCUAGACCGUUGGGAUUUCGAGGACGGUCCAGGCGAAGCCCCCGUGCUCUUCGUUAGUUAUGCCGCUUUUGCUCUACCCAGCCGUGGAUCCACAUGACUCGGUGCGCUUCUCCAGUUGUCCCGCCCUGACUGGAGAUGCCUGGGAGGGAAGGAGGGAGGGAGGCACCGCGGUGAAGCUCUGUAACUACGGACAUUUGCACCAGGGUCGGGUUGGGUUCCCGAGGCCGACGUCAACCUUGCGGAGAACGACGACGUGGGUUUUGAUAAAGUCCGAAUCGACACACCAGCGGUGUUAACCGUUGUUGCGUCCCUUUCCGAAAUGAAUAUCCAAAUAUCUAAUGAUCAAUAAUUAAUGAGUGAGACAUGGAUUAUUAGUCAUCCAGUUGUUUAAAUGUCCAGAGAUAGUUUUUUUUUUUUUUCUCCUUCCCCUGAUGCCUUUGUGCUAUGUCCUGUACAGUAUGUAAUUUACAGCGAUUUGCCCAUUUACGUAGCAGGGUAUUCUUACUGGAGCGAUUCAGGGUAAGAGCGUUGAGCGGGAGUCCAGGAGACCGGGAGUCUUGACGCCGCAGGGGCACCAGCCUUGACCACUGGGCUAACAACUGUUUUCUCACAUGAAUUAACACAUAAUGAGCGUCGUAGUUUUAUUUCAUCUUUGUAUUUGGUUCACCAGGACUUUUGACAACAUCUUGAACGAGUGAAAAGGUGUCGUUCGCAUAGUAUUUAAUCACAUGAAUUAAUUGAACGCAUUAAAAGCGUGUUAAAACAGUGUGUUUCUCUCAUGUAUUAGAGGAAAGUCACUUGAGUCCGUUUUUUAAAUGACUCAAUGAAGCCUCAGUGUUAGUGUAAUAGUUAGCAGUGUUGAAAAUGUUCGGAAGUGACAUUUACAUUCUACUUGUAUUUAUUUUUCUUUCCGCAAAAAGGUAUUUCAUUCAUCCUUUUAUUUUACAAAGACCAAAAUACUGUUCUGACUUUCUGUCUCUUUGGCUCAACGCUCAGCUUUUUACAGCCUUGGAUACUGAGCUAAACUUCGCUCGAUCAUUUUAUUUCCUCUCUGUGCGGAAACGGGGCGAUGCUGAAUUGAGGUAUAAAAUAUGAAUUCAUCACGUAUGUUGAAAGUCAAUCUUAUUUCUGACAGGGUGACUCAGAUCCUUAACGUCACUUGUGUGCAAGUCAAGUGUUUUCUUAAAUGUUGAUGCUGAGUGGUUGGAACUUUUGACAUGUUUGUAGGUACAGUUAGACUCGCCAGUGAUGAGCAGUGACGGACUGUUUACGCUGACAGACGUGUUUUAGGAGCACACCUGUCGUUGGGUUAUGAAAAACAGUGAUUGAAACGCAUCCGAUCUCCUGGGUUGGGUGGAUUGGCGGCGGAGCUCCGGGUUCGAGGGGUGCGGUCCCAUAGCUAGCGAUGUGCCUUAUGAUUUUAUCCAUAUCAGCGUACGUUAUGAGCUGAGAACGUGUCUGCGUGGAGAAACCACUUUUUCAGCACAGGGUUUGACCUCCAGCUCUCGGGUCACGUGAUGUCUGCACCGAAGACCUGAAGAUGCUCUACACUGGGAAUUCGGUUAAUGCUGUUGUCUCGUUGCUUAUGAAUUGUUUUUGUUUGCUUCUGUUGACUUUUUUUUUUUUUUUUUUUUUUUUUUUUUUUUUUUCUUGUGUUUCUCUUCGCUUUUCAGUGUUUGCAUGUUUUCUGUUUCGGGGUGAGCGACACCGACCGUUGGCGGGUCCAACAAAAGGCUUCGUUAGCAAACUGCAUGUUAGUUGAACACCAGGUUUUAGCGAAUUUACCACGUAUGUUUUGCAUGUUGGUAAUAUAUGUUUAAGGAUAUUAAAAAUGAGAAAUUAAACUAACGGUUGUCUA